AUGGCAAGACUCUGGAUUUGCAUCCUUCCGACGUAUUUGGCGUUUUCACCACCUGGAAAGACGCCCUUCCAUGUCUGGUUUGAAGAGCCCCAGCCGCGGUAUGCACAGAAGUGGUCCUCCUAUUUGGAGGUUUACGAUAGAUACUUGUCGAAGUUCCGGAACAGCUCGUGUAGCUUGCUGGAACUGGGUGUGCAGAGUGGCGGUUCGCAGCUGAUGUGGCGGGACUAUUUAGGUCCCAAGAGCCACAUUUACGGAAUAGACAUUGAACCAGCAGUGACUGAGAUGUCUCAAGCUCGGAUUACCAACUUCAUCGGCGAUGUAGGGGAUCCUGCCUUUUUGACCUCUGUUUGUGAACGGAUUGGACAUGUUGAUGCCAUCGUCGACGACGCCUCUCACGUGAACUGGCAUCAGAAGUUGGCUUUUGAAGUCCUCUAUCCAUGCUUAGAGCCGAACGGUGGGAUAUAUAUUGUGGAGGACAUCGGCACCUCCUACAAGCCUGGCUACGGGGGUGGCUGGCGUUCUGAGGACUCUUUCGUGGAGUUCGCCAAGGCCAAGAUUGAUGAGCUCCAGGCUUUUUGGUCCUGCAGCGGUUCGGUGGUCAGUGACCGCCGCGGGCGUUGUCAGCAGGGAGCACUGGAAGUGCCGAUUUCAUCAUUCACCCGAUCUAGCUCAGCUAUUCACAUUCACGAUGGCUUGAUCGUGUUCGAGAAGCACUACAAGGAACCUGCGAUCUCCCUAGAGACUGGAUUGAAGAGACUGCCCAAGCGUUUCGAAGGCUACAGCGCCUAUCGACCACAUCUGGCGGAUUGGACGCCACCGGAGGGUUCGUGCAAGGUACCGCAGCCUUUCGAGCUGGACAUCAUCCACGAGUCUUUCCGCAGCCGGGCGAACCAAACCUUCUCCGAACACGUGGAGUCCUUCAUGAACCACGUCUCCGCAAUGGGAGCAGCGGAGUUGAGGCAAAAGUGUGGUGAGAUCAUGUCUGUGCUCCAGGAUGGUUUGCAUUGGUCGGCCUUUGGCAUGGAUUUUACCUUGUUGCAGCUGAAACGGCGAAGUGUCAGCGUGGAAUGGAAUGCUUCAACGGAGACGCCUCUGGCACGAUUCCUCCGGUCCACUGAGAGAGAUGUUCGGGAGGUGCUCGACUGGUACUUUGACAAAAGAGGGACCUUCCAUCCGCUAGUCCUGGUCGAUUUGAUCUACCGGAAUCGUUGGCGCCCAACGCCGCAAGCGUUGCGCUUCGCCCGGGCGCGGGAUGCAUUGCAGUUGCAACGCGAAGGCUUCGUGCGCUUUGAGGACUUUGGCUUGGACCUGGCCUGGCUCCAAACUGAGGCCAGCGCUGCCUUCGCUGCUUCCGCGUCGACGUCGCUGGUGCAGGCAAAGCAGGUGAGACUGCAGAGCCUGGAGCCUUUGCUCAAGGAUUAUGGGAUUCUAGAGCUCACCGCCUUCUAUUUGGGCGCUGAUGUGGAAGUCACUGGCUACAAACUGCUGCGUGUGAGGGAAGGCACCACUCGAGCCGAUUACAUCUCCAGCUUUUGGCACCAUGAUAACUGUGGAAGCCGCCUGAAACUCUUCGUCUUUUUGCAAGAUGUGGGAGAAGAUGGCUACUACACAGAAAUUGCCCGAGGAAGUCAAAGCUUGGCGUAUUACUGGUACGGCCCUGCCCACAUGUCGCGCUUCGAUGAUGCUAGUGUUGAGGCGUCCUUCAGCAUUGAAAAAAUCCUCAGCCGACGUGGAGGUGGCUUCCUGUUUGACACCAAUACGAUCCACAGGGCGAAGGUGGAAGGCCCGGGACAGCUGCGGGACGCUGUGAUUGUGGAGCUGGCGAACGCCCACAAGAUGCAUGCGGGGAUCCCGGCCCAAGGACCUUGCCCGGAACCCAAGACCUACAAGGUCUCCCACGUCUCUUUCCCCUUCCCCAGCGGCCGCGGCUUUCGCCAGCGACGUCCACAGCAGCGCCGUGCUACGGGUGUGGUAGCCUGGAAGGUGAGAAUCGAACCAGGCAUCCCCAAACUACUGGUGAAGAUCAACCCCAUUGAUGCGGAAGCGUUCCAUGCCAAGAAUUUGGGUGAAGUAACUCUUCGCAAAGGCGUCACAAGCCGAAGCCAGGUUGCAGUUCUGCACAUGAGCCGGCAAACAGUGAAGGGAGAGGUGCUGAUGUCUGUGAAGCUGGCUGACCUCUUGGACCUGGAGGAUGGAGAGGGCGUGGAGGUGGCCGCGGCCGUCUCGUCCUUUACCUCCAGCCGAAGAAGUUCGGUGGCGAGCGAGGGCCCUCGAGGCGAGCAGCCCACACACAGGUUGCCUCAGCCUUCGCCCGUGUGGUCGAAUGACUCAAAGUUGGAGAUGGGGCAAUUGAAUUUGAUCCCUCCAUGUAGGGAUGGACAAAGGCCAAAGCCCAGCUUGGAUCCGAACGAGUGGUUUAGGAACCUGGAUAAGGAGGCGGACUUCAGGUCCAGGUUCAACGGCACCCUGCCAGAGUGGGCCAGGACGAGUUCAGGUGGCCACGGCGCGAAGGCCACGGCGACCUCGGGAGGAGCCGUGGAUGGAAGGAGGUCCUCUUGGCAUGAAGGCAGCAGAAUACCUCACGCCAGCGAGUUCCGCGCCACCACGCAUCGUCCCAGUGGCUCUGUACCGUUCAGCCAUGACGCCACCGGCCUUUCCUCCCGGCAUGAGAAAAGCCACGCAGGUAUCUGGGACUUUGACACCAGACCGAGCGAUCAGCCCCGUCCAGAGCGGCCGAAGGCUUCAUCUCAGCGCUACCCUUCGACCGGUGAUGCAGCCAGACCAUCAACGGCUUUCGCAGAGAGCCGGCCAUGGUACGAGACGCUCCCGGAGCAACAAGGGUCACACUUCACUUGGAGUGAGAAGUCCAAGGCAUUUCGCCCUGAAGCCAAGGCGCCCAAGGCGCCGGCACAUGGCGUGCAUAGCACGGUGCCCCUCACCGAGCGCACCUUGCGGACAGGUGGCGCUUCCCACAUCUCUGCGAACUUUGUGAGACAGGAAGCUCCACAUCGUGCGGAGGUGACCGAGGCUCCGGGUGACCGGGAUCGGCUCCGGUCGGGCACUGAUGGUAUGAACCGCACGCACGUGACAGCCUCCAACUUUGCGGAUAGCACGAAGAGCCAGCCCUCCAGGCGACCAGCGCCUCGCGACCAGCCCCAGCAGCCCCGUGGGCGGCCGCCAUGCAUCGCAGCCUUCGAGGAGGUUUGUAAACCUGAGACCACCACAGCUGUGCGUGCUGGUGAAUCAGCCAGUUCUCGUGCAGCCUCGACCCCCUCGUCGCCGCCGGAAUCUCCCUCCGAAGGCGAGUCGGGUGGAAGCUCCGGGUCUAACCUCAGUGGCCCGAACAGCUCGGUGUCGUCCAAAGAGAUGACCAGUGACUUCACCGGGAAAGCGUCCGAGAAGGCACGCAAACUUGCGUUGGUGCCUUGCACCGAGCCUUCGCCUCGACAUAGCGCCGGCGCGUCGGGCUCAUCAAGUGGUUUGAAGAGACGAGAGUCCAUGGGCAGCUUGCUGAGAAAACGAAGGACCAGCAUGCUUGGCCUGCUACAGCAAGAGCUGGCAGAGCCGCUGCAUGGUGCGGCCAAGCGCAGCAAGGUGCCUGAAACAUGGCUGCCACCUGCAGAUGCUUCCACCGGUGUCCUAGAGCGAUCCGAGCUGGGCGUGGAGGCCACUGCAGAGGUCCGACGUUGGCUGCUGGGGCAGACCUCCGGGCUGCAGUGCUCGCAGGUGAUCUUGGAUCGGGCCCUCACAGUCCUCUCCAACUUCAAGUUGGCAAGCGGUUGUGAAUUGGAAGUCCUUGGAGGGCCGCUAGGAGCCUUGGUUGGCGGCUACAGCGAUGCAGAGUGGCUCUACGAUGAGGUCUUCCGGCAACACCCGGUGGAUGCCCUGCGGGACUCCUUCGCCUUCUUGGGCUUCAAGCCACGCCAUGAGGGCGACUGGUCUUCCACUUCGGUGGAGGAGAUCUCAUUGGUGUAUCGACGGAUGUGCUUACGUGGGCAUCCCAGUCGUGGAGGGUCGCCCAAGGACUACCUGAAGCUCCAGGUCGCGAUGGAGCUCAUCAAAGCCUUCUGCGGAGAUGCCGGGCCACUGGAGGUGGAAGAGCCACAGCAUGAAGGCAGGAUGGUCCCCAGCAGCCGUCUGGUGGAGAAGGCCUCUGAAGGGCACUUUGUCCUGAGCGACUUGACCUUGGCGCACGAGCUUGAGCUCAGCAGUAAGGAGGCGGAGGAUGAGGCUAACCACCUCAGCACGGAGCACCUGGAGGAGCUGAACCGGGCAUUGGACGAGUACAUUUUGAGGCAGAUGUGUUUCAAGAGCGAGAUCGUGGAUGAAAUCGCACGCCUUCACGAGGACUCGGCCUAUGCGAUUCUGGGCGUCUCCUCGAGCGCUACAGAUGCUGAGAUCAAGAAGGCCUAUCGACUCAUUGCGAUGCAGUGCCAUCCAGACAAAGGUGGUGAUAAGGAGGAUUUCCAGGAGCUGACAAAUGCCUACGAAAAGAUCAUGGAGCAACGCCGUGGCAACGACGAGAAGAGCUUCAAGGACCGACGCUCCACUGACAGCGAUACCGAGGACACACCGCCUCCCAAGAAAGAGCAUGAAGGGAAGAAGGCAGACAGCACUGGCGAGGAAGAGAAAGAGAAAAAGAAAGAGCAGGAGUUCGAGGGAGACGGCAAGGGAGGCAAUCCACAGGACAAUGCAACCCUUCUGGAAAAGGCCAGCAAGGCCGCCGAAGAAGCCUCCCGCUACGCCAAGACGGCCGCCGAGUUUGCGCAUCAGGCUGCUGAAGCUGCGGAGGCUGCACGGAAGGACCAGGAGCGUGAAAGCCGUGAGGCCCUCACGAAGUCAGUGGCCCACUCUGCGAUCGUGUACACGCUCACCGUAGUCAAGGCCGUGCGCGCCGUGGGCUAUGCGACCUUGGACGUGGCCGCACAGUGCCGGGCAGCUGCCAAGCGGAAUCCAGAGGCCGUCUCGUGUGCGGAGCACGCCGUGAGCGCGAUGAGCCUGGGCUUGGAGGCCCUGAACUCGGCGCUCUCCUGCGCAGAGGUCACCGAGAUCACGGCGGCCGAACUUCAGGCGCCCAAGGGCUCUCGAGAGCGCUUCGCAGGCGCAGCAGUCCGGGCCUCACUGGCGGCCGCGGGAGCCUCCAAUGUGGCGAUGUCGGCGGCCAUCAGUGCGGUGGAAGGUAGCCGGCAGUGUGCAAAGGCGUUAGAAUCCAUCGGCAAGCCACAGGCAGAAUCGGAGGCCACCGAUGCUGGUGAAGCCCGGCCGGACUCCGAGGCGAGCAGCGACUCGGAGCGCGAGGCGAAGCCACGGGCGCCGCUGGCCAACGCAGCGGUCAGGCGUUUGGUUGCCCAGAGGAAUAACAAUCACAAGGUGCUGCAGCGCUUGAAUGCGGAGAUUCUGGGACAUCAGCGGAAUGUGCGGGAGUUCUUGUGUCAAAACCGACAGCUGAUCCCAGAAGUGCCCGCAGAGUCCAAGCUCAAGAUCUUCCG